AACAACUAAACCAGCCUUUUAAUUUUCCUCGUAUUACCAUAUUUACCCUCGAAACAAACGAGAAAAGCAAAAGACCUCCUCCCUAGUUUCCAUCGCGUUCUCUCUCUGCUCAAUAGCCCCAAGCAGGCAAGCAGGGAGCCAAUAGCUACCUCUCUCAUCUCUCCUUAAUGCCCCGAUCAAAAUUCAAAACACAUAGAAUUGAAAUACUGUUUGGCUAACAAGAAAAGAAGGGAAAAUCCGAAGAAAUAAAAGAAUGAAGUCUUCUUCUUCGAGCUGUAUGGAUAUAAUAAAUAUAGAAGCGAGAACUCAGAGACUGGAUGUCGAUAAUCGCUUUGCUCUUAAUAUCUAUUUUCGGAUCGCUAAUAAUAUUCUCAAACAGGCUGAGAUUUUUCGAGCUGAGAAGAAUAUAAUAGAUUUGUAUGUUAUGUUACUAAGGUUUUCAAGCUUGGUCUCAGAAACAAUACCAUGUCAUAGAGGUUAUGGAGCAUUCCCCCAAAGCAAAAAAGAUUAUUUAAGAAAGAAACUUUUAAAUGCUUUGGGCGAGUUGGAGCAGUUAAAGACAGCAGUGCAACAAAGUAUAAAUGAGUUGAACAGAAAACACACACAUCAAGUAAAUGGAUGGGGCUAUAACAGUCAAAAUGAUCUUUUAGAGAAACCUCCUUAUAACAAGAAAAUUUUGAAUGGAAAUGGUGUGACAAAGGCAGUGAGACCAGUCACUGGAGAAUCCUUGUAUCAAGGUUCAAGAACCCGACAAUAUUCAUAUGUUAGGCCAGUGGAACAGCAGUUCCGCAGAGUAUCUUUGAACUUCCAACGACCAAAUGAGGAGACUCUCUCUAGGCAUUCUAUAUUGGGUCCGAACGGGCUUAAUGCAAAGUGGCAACCACCAAGGACUAAUGAAGGGGUCAAAUACCCGAGCAUCAUCGACUUAACACCAGUUGAAAUUCCAAGGCUGCAGGAAUCUGUAAAAGCUGAACUGUUUGUAAAAUCAGAGCAUAGCAGCUCAGAACCAGGAAGAUCAAGUUUAGAAUCAAUUCUUAGUGUGCAAGAUGAUAAUCAGAAGUGCCGUGAUGAGGAACCUUGUUCUUUGAUUUCCUUUGAAACAAUUGAAACCCCAGUCCUCCCAGCUGUUAUUAGACAACCUUCUCCUCCCCCUGUACUUGCAGAAGUACAAGAUCUAAUCCCUGCGACACCUCCCCAAGUUUCUGAGGCAGAAAAUAAAAUGGACAUUUCCUCACCCAAUGAUUUAAUUUGUUCUGAAGCUCCCCUGCAACUGCACAUUUCAACUACAUUGAUGGAGAACUUCAUGAAGAUGGCAAAGUCAAAUACCGAUAAGAAUUUAGAAACUUGUGGUGUCCUUGCUGGUUCACUUAAAAACAGAAAAUUCUAUGUUACAGCUCUCAUUAUUCCAAAGCAGGAAUCAACAUCAGAUUCGUGUCAAACUACAAAUGAAGAAGAAAUAUUUGAAGUGCAGGAUAAACAAUCCCUUUUCCCACUUGGUUGGAUUCAUACACAUCCUACACAGUCUUGUUUCAUGUCAUCAAUUGAUGUCCACACCCAUUACUCAUAUCAGAUAAUGUUGCCAGAAGCCGUUGCCAUUGUCAUGGCACCAAGAGAUUCUUCAAGAACCCAUGGCAUCUUUAGGUUGACAACUCCGGGUGGGAUGUCGGUUAUCAGACAGUGCCAGCACCGUGGGUUUCAUCCGCAUGACCCACCUCCAGAUGGUGGGCCCAUUUACAAGCCCUGUACAGAUGUUUACAUGAACCCUAACUUGAAAUUUGAUGUCAUUGAUCUUCGAUGACCUUAAUUGUUCCAUUGAAAGUGUUUGCGCUUUUACAAAUGCAACUGUUCAUACAAGAAGCAUAUAUAACUAUUGACUUUCGAUUGAUCUCA